UCAACGCAUAGUUCGGCGCUGUCACAGGACAAACCGCCUGAUCAGUGAUCACCUUUGUCGGGUAUAGUGAAAUUGAGUGGAUAGCCACAGUUCCUCUUUCUCCUCCACCCCACGCUCGAGGAUAAAAUGAAAUACAACAAACGCUUGACGGCUUUGGUUGCUGCUGGUCUGCUUCGAAGUUCGCUCGCUCAGACAUGGUGCGGAAAGAAUUAUAUGGCAAAUCAGUCUGUGGUGCCCCCUGGAGGACAGUUUGUAUUGCCUACGCAGAGUGUCGAUCCACUUCUGUCGUUCCGUUGUGCCCCUGUCUUCCGCCCAUACCUCCAAGAGGAUGCGAAGAGCGCAGCAUUCGUAGUGGAUACACCAAUUGUUUACGACUGGAUCGCUGGUGCUGAGCCCAUAUCACUUCCUUCUACCUCCAGCAACUCCACUGGCUUAGGAAGCAUCACUGUCACAAUCAACGUGGGCUCCGUAGAGACCACCGCAAACGUCCCUCUGAAUGCCACCAACUUCCAAAUACCCGUAGAUAUCAGCAAACUCCAGGCUCAGAAGACUGCAUACAAUGUCCGCUGCUCCGCUACAUACACUGCCCCUUCGUCUUCGAACUGCCAGAAAUUCAAGACUAGUACAUCCCUUUUGUAUCUCCCUGACACGAAUGCAUCUGUCACUAAGACUGACUUGCGCACUGGCGCACUCUGGGUGAGGCCCGCAGAUGGCAAGGGUGGAGCAUUUGCGCCCUUCUUGCCUCAAGGUUUCUACAUAAAUUUCGACGAGUAUCUAGUCAACAAUUUGACUAUGAUCGAUCAACUUAAAGCUGACGGGUUCAAUACUCUGCACCCAAUUCCUCCUUAUAACAACCUUACUAUUUUCGAAGAAGUCAUCAACAAGACCAUCAGUGCCGGCAUGUACAUUGUUUAUGAUAUGCGAUCGAACUACCAAAACUUGACCGCUGUCGCUCAACAAGUGAAGACUUACGCCUCGAUUCCCAACCUAUUGAACUGGGAAACUGCCCACGAGCCCGAUGGCAACUCCGACCCCCAAGAUGCGGCACAGUCGACAUAUGACUUGAUCUAUCAGCUGGACGGAUACCACCCCAUCUCUAUUGUUCUGAAUUGCCAGGACUAUAACUUCUCGCCCUACGUCAAUGGAGCCGAUAUCGUUCUUCACGAUGCUUAUCCUAUUGGUAUUAACGCCACAUUUUCUCCUGUGUGGCACACAGAGUGUACCCCAGACUUUGGACACUGCGGUUGCGACAACUGCAAAGGUACAUUGUAUGAUGUAAAGGCCCGUGUCCAGACCUUCAAAAACAGGCUCAACAUUUUGGGCUUUGACCGUACCAAGUCUGUGUGGACCACGCCCCAAGCAUUCGGCAGUGGCGCAUAUUGGAGCACCACUCCCACUGGGCAGCAAUGGGCCGCUUUAGGAUUCACUUCCUUCAACCAUGGUGCUCUAGGUUCCAAGUCCUUCCAAUACCCUACCACAACCGGCAAUGUAUCGACGAUCGAAGGGACAGCGACUAACCUCACUGUCGUCAUCAAGAACAUCGUUCAGCCAUUCAUCGUCGACCCAAACGCCACAUCUACCCACUAUGAUUAUCUAGGCGUGGAUGCCGGCCUCUGGCACAACGGCACUGCAUACUUGCUCAUCGUUGCCAACUUGGUGAACGCGCAGGUCUAUGUGCCGUGGAAGGAUGUUGGAUUGGGCUCGAUCACCAACACGACCACGCAGGUAGAGCGCAUACUCUCCGUCUCACAGAAUACCAACGCUACUGGUCUGAACUUUUUACCUGGAGGUAUUGGUAUUUACAUCGCGACUCCCCCUAAGUGAUUAUAGAACGAGGACGAUGGAAGCGAGAGGUUGGUGAUCGUUAUAGCUUAUUAUCAUGAUUUAUCAUGGGUCAUAAUGUAUUCUACUAAGUGAGGAAUGUACCAAGUCAAAAGUGAAUGAUCAGUCUGACUAAUGUACUUGUAUCUUCGUUAAAGAACACAUUGUAUACCUUGUUAUGACCGCUGCGACACCACUGAGGAAUUUGAGGUGGAAGCAUUUAAUAGCAACGGUUUGGCACGUGUCUGGUCCAGGU